CAGCGGCUCCAUGUUGGAUCAGCCUCUUUAUUUUCCUCUACGCCUACCUGAGUUUUUCUUCGCUUCUUCUUCUGCGCACAUUGUCCUGGAACAAGACGCGUCCGCACUUGAUGAACGUUGUCGCGCUCGUCGUCAAUGGUCGUGGUUUAUUUCUUCUCGGAAUGAUGUGGAAGGCGGGCUAACGAAGAAAUAACUGGGGUCCUUUAACGCCACACCGGCACCCCGACAGUUUAACUUCCUGACCUGUUUCAGGCUUGACAAAAAGACAGGCAUGCUGAACAGGAAGGAUUCAUGUUGGACCUAAUGUUCUCGGUCACUGAGUUUGCAUCCUUGAAUGACGUACAGCCAACAUACCGCAUCUUGAAGCCAUGGUGGGAUGUCUUCAUGGACUACUUAAGCUUGCUCAUGCUCAUGUUGGCACUAUUCGCCAUGACCAUGCAGAUCACCAAGGACCAGGUAGCAUGCCUUCCCUUCAUGGAAGAAUCGCAGGACUCUGAAAACGACUCGUACCCGAGCACGAAGGAAGUAAUGGCUAUGACGGACACCAGAGACGUACCGGCAAGUGCUGUCCACAGUUUUCAGAACUUGUAUCAAACCACCAAUAGAGGUGGAGAAAAAUUCACUCAUCAGCCAAAAGCGCUGGGAAUCAAAACCAAUCUGGACUUUCAGCAGUAUGUGUUUAUCAACCAAAUGUGUUAUCACCUUGUCUUACCCUGGUAUUCCAAAUUCUUCCCCUACCUCAUACUGAUCAACACAGUUAUACUCAUGGUCAGCAGCAAUUUCUGGUUCAAAUUCCCCAAGACCAGCUCCAAAAUAGAACACUUUGUUUCUAUUCUGUGCCGAUGUUUCGAGUCUCCUUGGACCACCAAGGCGGUGUCAGAAACGGCCUGCGAAGACUCCGAGGAGAACAAGCAGAGGUUGAGCGGAACCUCUUCUGUUCGCAAGAAGGCAUCCGCAGAGGGGAAGGAAGAAGGUUCAACCUCCACCUCCCCCGAUCUGGAAGGCGUGGUCUCCGCAGAUACCCCCAUCGCCGAAGCCCCGACGGCAAGUAUGCCCAUCUUGGAUAAAAAGGACGGCGAGCAGGCCAAAGCUUUGUUUGAGAAAGUACGCAAGUUCCGAGCUCACGUGGAGGACAACGAUUUCAUCUACAGGUUCUACUCAUCCCAGACCAUUUUCAAAACGGCCACCUUUAUUUCAAUGCUCUCCUACACGUCGAGCUUUAUGGUUAAGAUUAAUUUUAUUCACAUCUGCGAGACCGACGUCAAAGCAUUGGUCGGGUACGGGAAGUUUUACUGUACGCAUAACAUGGCGUUCAUGUUAGACAAGAUGCUCAUUUGCUACAUUGCUCUGAUGAUCAUGUACGGCAUUGUGUGUCUGUACUCCCUCUUUUGGGUUUUUCGGGGACCUCUGAAAGAGUAUUCCUUUGAGAAAGUCAGGGAAGAGAGCAGCUUUAGCGACAUUCCAGAUGUCAAAAAUGACUUUGCGUUCCUCUUACACAUGGUUGACCAAUACGACCAGCUAUACUCCAAGCGUUUCGGUGUCUUCCUGUCUGAGGUGAGCGAGAACAAGUUGCGGGAGAUUAGCCUCAAUCACGAGUGGAACUUCAAAAAGGCCAAGAAGUUUGUGACUCAAAACGCGCAAGACCAACAAGAGCUCCAUCUCAAGAACCUUUUUGGUCUCCCAAAUGUGGUCUUUGACCUUACCGACUUGGAGGUGCUGAAGCUUGAAAAGAUUCCCGAGGUCAGAUUCACUGCAAACGUUUCUCAGAUGACCAGUCUGAGGGAGCUUCAUCUCUACGACUGUCCGGCCAAAGUGGAGCGGACGGGCUUCGCCUUCCUCCGCGACCACCUUCACUGCCUUCACAUCAAUUUCACCGACGUGGCAGAAAUCCCCACCUGGAUCUUCUUGUUGAGGAAUUUGCGAGAACUUCAAAUCGUUGGCAACUUGAGCUUGGAAAAUAACAAGAUGGUGGGUCUGGAGUCCAUGCGUGACUUGAAGCAAUUAAAACUACUAUGCCUGAAAGGCAACCUUCCGAAACUGCCCCCCAACAUCACAGACGUGUCGCAGCACCUGGAGGUAUUAGUGGUGCACAACGACGGCACAAAACCAAGCGGACUCAAUACUCUGAAAAAAAUGAUGAACCUCACCAACCUGGAAUUGCAUUGUUGCAACCUGGAGAAGAUUCCUCACGCUAUUUUCAGUUUGAUCAACCUGCUGAAGUUGGAUCUCAAGUCAAAUAACAUCCAGACCAUAGAGGAGAUUGUCAGUCUCCAGCACCUAAAGAAAUUGACGUGUCUCAAAUUGUGGCACAACAAAAUCAAAACUAUCCCAUCGUCUAUUGACAAGGGCAAGUCUCUUGAAACUCUAGACCUCUCCCACAAUAAACUUGAAACCCUGCCGCUGACGUUGUUCAAGCUACCGCAACUCCAAAACUUGGAUGUGGCCCACAACUUAAUCAAGAUGCUCCCGGAGGAAGUGGGUCUUCUGGUGGCCCUGCAGCAUCUAGACAUCACUUCAAACAAACUGGAGACCUUACCCAACAAUCUGUUCAGGUGCUUCAAGCUGAAGGUGCUGUGCUUGGGCCACAACUACCUAAAGGAACUUUCAGAGUCUGUGGGUGAUCUGGUUCUGCUCGAACAUUUGGAGCUAGAGGGCAACAACCUUGAAAAGCUGCCCCCGCAGCUCGGAAAGUGCCGCUCGCUGCGCCGAAGUCAGCUCCUGGCGGAGGAUCGCAUCUACAUGACGUUGCCAGUGGAGAUCAGGGACAGCAUCAGUCGAGAUGAUGACAAGACCAUCACGAGUGCUUGAUUGGGGGCUGUUGAAAACUGCUCACAAUCGUACGUUAGUUGUGAGUCAUCCCGUGUUUGGAACGGAUCAAUGUAACCCACAAUGCAUUGUGAUAAGUGGUCAACAAUUGAUGGUCACUAGUCAGGCUGUAACCCACGAAACACCGAUUCAGAAAAAAUAUUUUCUGUUUCAGGGUUAGUUUGUUCCGACCAUUCACACAACAGACAUCAAAUCCAUUUUAACUGAUAGGUGGCAUUGAAUCAAUGUUUCAUUGCCAUUGACAGUCAUUGACAUCCAAUCCAAUAUGGAUUGGACGUCUUCCACCAUCAAUGGCAGCCAAUAAGAGCUUUAUGGGCUUGCGAUUAAUCUCAUUGUCGUACACAGUUGUGAUUAAUCGAAUGACAAACCAAUAAUACAUUUAAAAUUUAAUAUUAAAUGAAGCCCUCAUAAGCAUGUAACGCUACUUUUAGUUAGAUAGCAUAUAUUCUGGUACUAUGUAUACAGUAGUAGUAUAUACAAAUAGGACACUUUUAGUGGUUUUUUCUUCGGUGGCUCUGGUGUUAAUGCACAAUUAAAAUAACUAUGUUAAUUUGUGACUUAAAUUGGAGUAGUUAGUUUGCCUAGCAAAAAAAAGCCCCAUUCAUUUCCAAUGGCAAAAACAUUUCAAUUUCCAAACUGUGUCUUGCUCUACGAUUUUUUUUAACCAAUUCAUGUAAUUCACAUAUUAAAAUAGUAAAUAAUAUUAGCAAAUCAAGGCACACACAAGUUGUUUUUCCAAAAAUGUAUGGUUGCACCAAAAUUUGACAUAACAUCCCGAUUUAUUUGCUCCUGUUAAAUUCCGAUGAAGAAAAACAAAAAUAACACGAUAUACCAGGAAGUGACCUGAAAAAGCCCUAAAAUCUACAGAAAGUUACCAAUGAAGUGGAAGUGACCUGAGAAUGCCCCAAAAGUAACAGGAAGUGACCAAAGCACCCCCACGCAAUUUCUCCAGAAAUUGCAUUGUCUUGGUUGUAAGGGGAACCGCGAACAGAAAGACUUGUAGUUCUUAAAAGAUAAAUGUUAGUAUGAGUUAAAAUAAUUUGAUAUUCAAACCUCUCUUAAUGUUUUCAUUUUUAUAAAACUUGAAAAAUUUUUGACCAGUAGGUCGCCAUUGUUGUUGCCGACGCAAUGCACUCUGGGCGGUGAUGUCACUGGGCAGCAAAAACAAUUAAAGGAAAGCAGGAUCCAAACCCGCAUUUCCCGUGCAUUAGAUGAGCGCGUAAACCACAGGACUACCGUGUGACGUAAGAGUUAUGAUUUUCCUAAUAAAGCAAUUGCAACCCACAUGCAUUGUCUGUCUGUGCGACAAACUAUCAAAGGGCAGCAUGUGACUAUCUCGGCAAGCCGUCUAGGAUCGGUUUAAAGACACUGCUGAUGAGCUGGAAUUGGAUGCAGGUACGACGUUGGGAACAAUCUGACCCGCUGCAGAAUGUGACAAAAUCAUGCCAGUUGUCAUACUAGCUUCGCGUGCUAGCUAGCACAGCUAUUGUCCUAGCCCAGGCCAACCGCGUAAACCGCAUGUAAAACAGGGCGCCCUCCGUAGGUCAAAACAAGUACUAAAUAUUAUAGAUUUUUUAAAUUAAUGAAAAUAAUAUAUGUAUUUCGAAUAAGAUAUUUUAGUAAAAGAGAACAAGUGUGGCUUAUUAGAGCCUACAAGUCUUUAAGACAGAGGAUCCCUUUAAAGGAACUCUGUUUCGUUUGUCACCGUCAAUGGCAGCCAUUGAGCUAAUUUGAUUUUUCGCGUGGUAUAAAUUUGUGGCACAAACAUUAGUUUUUUUGUUUUGUUUUUUCUUUAUUGUAUUGAUUUAAGAACAAUACAAAUGACUGCUGGAAUAUCGCCGUUUGCAUUGUUUGUAACUUAUAUUGCGAGUUUGAAUUGGUAUAUUCAUGUCUUACCCACUGUUUGCUUUACAGUAGAUCUGUAUUUAGCCUCUCUGGAACAGUUACAACCAGAGAUGAACAUUUAUUUGGAGAUUUGUUUUCUUCACAAAGGGCCAAAUGCAAGUAAAAAAUAUCACAAAUAUUGUUUUUUGUCAUGCACACUACUUGAAUAUAUCUUUUUUCAGAGAAUCAGGUUAGUAGUGUUUAGUGUCUUUAACUACUGUACAGUUGUUCUAGGCAAUGUACUUGAAAUCUGAAUGUUCUUAUAAAAUGUAAACAUGUACCGUAUUUUCCGGACUAUAAGUCACACUUUUUUCAUAGUUUGGCGCACCCUGCGACUUAUUCAGGUGCAUCUCGUGUCUUUUCACACUGAAGGCUGUGAGAAGUGUUCUCAAGGUGUGGCCAAUACUUGCAGAGUUUGCGAAGUUCUUUACAUGUCACACUGAAGAGAAGACUGAAUGGAUUUGGAAGUAAUGUGGAUUGUGGAGUGAGAUUAAAAGCUUGGUAAAAAAGUGUUUUUUUUUUUUUUUUUUUUUAAUGCUAAAGUUAUCUGAAUAACUGAUGUUAACGUUAUAUUAACAGAAAGGUAUUUUGCCCGUUAUUCUGCAUUUAAUUAUUACCAUAAUGUAUAAUGUUUGUUAGUGGUCUGAUAAAAUUGCAACCCAAAAUGCGACUUACACUCCAGUGUGACAUAUAUGUAUGUUUUUCCUCUUCAUUGUGCAUUUUCUGGCUGGUACGACUUAUACUCAGAUGCGAUUUAUAGUCUGAAAAAUAUGGUGAUUGUCCCACAAUGAUGACAAAGUUGUCUGUCUUUCACACGUGUAUUGUUUUUAAAACUCCGUAGGUCAUUGUAAAAGUUGGUGUAUCACCUCAGUGUCCUAUACUCAAAGUUCACAGCUUUUUUGACUUAAUAAAACAUUUGUAAGACAAAAAUAUGGAUCUGGCGCAUAUAUUACAUGACGACGAUGCAGGAAAGAUAAAAAAAAGAAGAAUCAUAAGUCACUGGUUGACUACAACUUACCAGUACAUCAAAAAUUCCAUCAUAAUCACCAACAUUUAAAUAAAGUUGCUUUGUUGGCCCAACUGUUCAUGAACAAUGUUUCUGAAACACUCCUACAUGUACUUAAAUGUACUGAAAUUUUCCAUGAAAGUAACCUAAAACUUUUAAACCUAUAGUCUCCCCACAGUAUUAUUUUUUAGAAAUUGAAAUUGAAGCUGUCUUCACUUUAUUAUGGGAUGUUUACACCAUGAGAUAUUAAUUGGUAACAUUUCAGUUGAAGCUUUGAACCAAUUGAUUCAUUGCUUCAAGACACUUCAUUUGUCCAUCACUGUUCCCUUCGGGGAGACAGUCAACCUCUGCUGCCACCUGCUGUCAAGACUGUUGUCAUCCAACGUGCCUCUUAGCAUGCAUUGCAGCGUUACAGAUGUAAAUGACGUUCAAAAUUCAUGUUCUUUGCUAACUAUUUCUUCAGUUACUGCUCCAGUUGUUUCAUUAUGUGCUAGUUAUGGUAUUUGGUAACACUUUAUUUGACAGUGGCACCUUAAGACUGUCAUAAGGCCAUUAUAAUUAUCACAUGACACUGCCAUGAGCAUUAAUGAAUGCUGAUGACAGAUGUAAUUUUGUGUCAUCCAGCAAAUUAUCUCACAUUUCAAUGGAUGUAAAAGAUCUGAGCAGGACAUAAAUUGAGUUAGUGACAUAAUUUGCUGGAUGGCGCUGUCUGUCACAAGCAUUCAUUAAUGCUCAUGAUACUGUCAUGUCAUAAUUAUGGCAGUCUUAUGAUGCCGCUGUCGAAUAAGCUGCACUGGACUAUAAGCCGCAGGAUUCAAAAUGAGGGGGAAAAAGUAGCGGUUUAUAGUCUGAAAAUUACAGGUAGAUUGAUUACACUUAACAAGAUGGCUACCUUCAGGUCAAUGCUAUUUUUGCCUUUAUUUCUUCAGUAAUUCUAUGUUAAAAAAAGAAACUUUUGGUAGUUUUGUGAGAGUGAAUAGGCCAUGCUGGAUGUCAUUGGUUGCCGUUUACGUCUCGUCCAAUUCAUUUCUUCGCAGGAGAAAAUUACAAGUUCACGAACCUUAAAUGUAUGCAAUAGCACCACCUACUGGUUGUUGACAUUGGACAACCGCUGUUCUGCCAAAAUACCCUACAUCAGUGAUAGUAGACGGGGGGCGUCCUCUUCAUUCUUCGUUAAAAUAUUGCUUCAUGCAUGCACUCGACCAUUUGCUGGACUGAAUAAAGGUGACGAUAUCAUGAAUCCUCACAAAAAUGUUAACCAUACCAACACUUCUCGCUUAGCAUCAUCUGGGACUCGUCAAGUUAGCCACUUCACACAAUACAGCAGAGUGCCCAAAGACUUUAAAGAAAGCAUGAUACAUAUUCCGAUGAAAUCCUCAGCCAAGCCCAAGAGUAGCGGUGCAUCUGUUCAGGCGACGCCGGAAAAGGCAGCUCAGACUCGGUCAG